CUCAGCAAACGCAAAUGAAUUUUAAACAUACAAACUGCUUAUAAACCAUUAUGUUUACCAUUUUGACCUUUGUUAAUUUCAUAAUUUGGGGUUGCCUUUUAUUAAAUAUUCAAGUGCAGUAUACUCUAAUGCUAACAUGUCUGGAUGAGCGUGUUUGACCAGAAGUGAAAUGGGACAAGUGCCUUGCAUGGAAAUCUGCAGUGUUUCUGUAGGGGUCAUGUGAGAGUGUUAUUGUGUAAGGAGGAAAGGGGGAGGCUACCCAUUCUGGGAUGUGUGUUGAGACUGUUGGUCUCUCAUUCUGUGAAAAUUGGGGAUGUUAUGCAAAACAUGGGAAGUACUGUCACUGCCAAGCAAUACAAAAUGACCCGACAGGCAGAAAUGACCAGGCUUUAUGAUGGCUGUUUGCACUUCCUCUCUCCAGAGAAGAGAGGACGAGGGCUUUUCUGAAAACUAGCACAGAGAAAGGGGGACAGUGGUAAUUCACUGGAGGGAGAGUCACAUUAAGAGACACUAUUUGGUGGGAAAUAGUUCAAGGGCUUUGUGGAGGACACAGACAAACAGGAAGGACAUGGUUUUCCAUUGCAAGAGCCAGACUAACCAUACACCAUAGCAAUGUGUGUGGGCAUGCGUUGGACAUCACUCCUUACCAGGGUUGGGCAUGGAGGAGACGAUGGUUUGUUCUUCGAAGAGGACGUAUGAGUGGGAAUCCAGAUGUGUUGGAGUACUACCGAAACACAACCUCAAAGAAGCCCAUCCGCACCAUCGACCUGAGAGAGUGUGAGGUUCAGAUGCAGACGGAGCAACGCCUGGUCAAGAGGGAGUUCCAGAACCAGCACCUCUUCGUUAUCAAGACGUCGUCUCGCAUUUUCUACCUGGUGGCCAAGACUGAGGAGGAGAUGAACAGUUGGGUCAGCCAGAUCAGGGAAAUCUGUCACUUUGGACCUCUGAGUCUGGAUGAUGGGACAGAAUCUGAGGAAGUUUUCUCUCACACCCCAAACCCCCAGCAGGUUUCACCAGCUCUCUCCCGAAGUAUGUCAUUCAUUUCCAACCAUGACUUUGUGGCCAAUGGCAACAGCAGAGUGGAGAUGCCGAGCCAGAUGGAACCCAACUAUCCACUGGAUUACCUAUUCCUCUCACAGUGUGAGACAGGGAGGUUCAGCCUCUCUAGAUGCGACAGCUUUUCAAAUUCGGAGAGAUCUCUGGAACAAAAUUCAUCAGACACUACUACUGAAGAUGUCUUCUCUUCACCCCUCGGCACUGGACCAUCUCAGUCUCCCUUUCCCCAUACUGGCCCAUUUCCGUCCCCCUUCCCUCACACUGAUCCUUCUCCGUCUCCCUUUCCCCAUACUGGACCAUCUCAGUCUCCCUUUCCCCAUACUGGCCCAUUUCCAUCCCCCUUCCCUCACACUGAUCCUUCUCCGUCUCCCUUUCCCCAUACUGGACCAUCUCAGUCUCCCUUUCCCCAUACUGGCCCAUUUCCGUCCCCCUUCCCUCACACUGGACCAUCUCAGUCUCCCUUUACCCACAUUAGGACGCAUGACCCCCCUUUCAGCGCACCAUGUGGCCCCACGUCAACCUCAUCCUCUCCUCGAACACUCCAUCGUACACCAGAUGUCUUCCAGUUUGACAAGCCAUACUCUUCUGCCAUAUUGGAGGCAACUAGUGAUGGACUAACUCCCCCUCCUCUACCCCCCAAGCCUGUCCACCUCUCAGAGCACCUCAGAGAUGACGGCUCCCACGGGCCUCUGGCAGGAAUUAGGCAGCAGCUCACAGGCCAACCUGCACUCAUCUCCCAGAGGAUCUCUCUGUCAGGCCUGCCAGACCACUUCAGAAGAGGAGACAUUGAGGGGAGUGCAUUGAGGAGCAGGAACAAAAGGCUUAGUCUCAAUUCGCCACAUUUCAUUGCCACUCAAAGUCCAAACUGCCAUGAGGACUCUUACGUGUCCAUGGCCUCUCCGCGUGUCUGUGUUGGUGAAGAUGUAUCGGACGGCUACAUCCCUAUGAGCCCCACUCCAAUUAGCUUCCUCAAGGCUAAUGGCAAAACAGAGGCCCCUCUCGCUCCCACCCCCCUUCCCAUUGCAGAUCUACCUGGGGAUCUAGAACCACCUCCAAUCAACAGGGAUCUCAAACCACGCAGGAGAGCACGGCCUCCACCACUGGACCUGAGGGGUCUGUCCACUAUCAGAGAAGGUCCGACUCAUAUGGCUUUGAUCAGAACCAUGACAGAGCCAGGAAAUUCACUGCAAGGAAAACUGGGAAUUAAAGGAGACCAAGAAGCCAGCAUUCCAGUAGAGUCAAGGCAACAGUUCUCCACUACAAACGAGGGCGCCUCCCAGCCGUGGCUUAGGAGAUCAAACCUUGACUACCUUUCACUGGAUUUCAAUUCCGCAUCCCCCUCUCCUGUGCAAAAGAAGCCCUUACUUACUGAUGAACACAGGGUGGACUAUGUGCAGGUGGAUGAGAAAAAGACUCAGGCCCUGCAGAACACUAAGAUGGAAUGGAAGGAUGUCCGGCAGUCUAAAGUGUAAAUCAGACGGAGAAAAAGUAAGAUGGGAUAAAACACAAAUACUUUGCAUUUCACAGAACAAGUGGAGCAAAUGCAACAUCACAUUAAAUAUAUGUCAUAACAGAUGGUAGCUUAUCUCAAAGAGAGCAAUUCUUCUUUCAUGUACAAAAUAAAAGCACUUUGAAAUUUAUCAGAUAUAAACAUCUAUGAGAGAAGAAAGUAGACAGUGUUGUCAAAAAAGGUUUAAAUUACUGGUUUGUAGUUUGGGGCAUCAACAUUCACUGUACAAAUAUCACAUCAAAGUUACACUGUGAAUGUCACCUUACCAUGCACUGUGUCACAAUGCUGUUUUUGUAUCAAAUGCUAUGCAAUGAAAAGGACAUUGCUCAUUAAUUUGCUGAAACAGAUUGUAUGGAUUCUUAAUACACAGGAAUUCAGGGAUUAUGUUUUUAUAUGAAUAAUGGUCUGAGUUUGAGAUCAUCUUAAACCAAAUGAACACGUGUCUAAGUGUUAGCCAUGGAAUCCUAAAGACAAACAUGCAUUAAUGCUUCUGCCCAGCAUAUUGCAUUUGUUGUUGUUUUUUAAGUUCUGAUGCCUUCGAUUGGCAGCCAGCAGGAAUAGAGCCAUGCAAUCUGUAGUCAUGCUCAUAGGGAGUGAAUGGAGUAGUAUCGAUCAUUCAGAGAACUCAUACAGUAUCAACAGGAUGAAAAUCUCAGACCUGAUACUGUGUAGGCCUAACAGUACUGUGUUGUUACUGGUUAGCAGAAGGCAGAUUUAUGCACGCGUGUAACAUACAUCCUUUGUCCCGACCUUGUCCACAUUCUUAUAGUGCCCACAUUUUCAGACAUGUGUAGAUGAUUGAAAGACGCAUUGUGAUCUGAUCUUCUUGACCACUUCUGGAGAUAGUCAAGGACCCACUGUGUCUGGAUAUCUUACAAGUGCAGACAGAUCUGGACAGUGAAAUCAUCAUUAUCCCAUCGUCUAAAACCAUUGACUUAUGGAAUUCAUUUUUUAAAUGUAUUUUACCUAGUAAGUUAACUGAGAACACAAAUAAUUUGUCAAAUAAUGUGCAUACAGGGAGGGACCAGGAAAUCUGGUCACAAUGUGGACACAGUGAAUGGAUAUGAGACACAUUUUAAUACCCUGUGUAGACAUAUUUCAGAACAUGUGGGCACAAUAAGAAUGUGGACAAGAUCAGGACAACGGACGUAUGUUAGCGCCAGGUAUAAAUAAAGCCAGAUGGUACCGAUGACGCAAACCACAAUAUCCACACCAUCUUGAUAGGUCAAUCUACAGCAGAAAGCACAAAUCACUCAGUGUGCCUAUCCUAAACUUGGUGAGGGUGAAUAACUACCUUACAAUGAACGGUCGGCACACAAAUGUUGGGAAAGCUGCAGUCUUAACUAGAUGUUUCUACAGAUGGAAUUGAACCCAUUAUUUUAGCAUAAGCGGUACCAGCUUCAUGUUGUGUUUUGUUUUAAUGUAUGUUUUAACGUGUCCAUGUAAUGUAUGCAAAGAUGCACAUCUAAGAAUGUUUUCAUGCUUUAAUAAAUCACUUUUACUGAAA